AUGCGGGGCGCGGGGCUGGCCCUGCUGCUGGUCCUGCUGGUCCUGCUGGUGGCCGCAGGGGAGGGGAGAGGCGAGGGGACCCCGGUGCGGCUCUGCGGGAGGGACUUCGUCCGAGCCGUCGUCUUCACCUGCGGCGGCUCCCGCUGGAGGAGGCACGUGGCCGGGGAUCGCUACCUGCUCGAGAGUGACAAUCCCCUGCCUUUCUCACAAGAGAACAACGGUUACACCGACCCCGCAAUGGACACAGACCAGGGGCUGGAGCCCGGCAGCCAAGAAACCCACAGGAUGAAGCCUGAGGCAGAGCAAGACCCACCAGGCACCAGGAAAACUUGGAUGCUACGAAAACGUGAGGCUGCCAAGUUGCUCACCACUUCCUGCUGCAGCGUGGGCUGCAGUGAGAGAGAGAUCAGCUCCCUGUGCUGAAAGGCAGCCAGUGCUGACCA